UGUCAUCACAAAGAUAGAAAACACUUAAGCUUAACUCUCGCGAUGAGAUGAGAGUGAGCGAGAGCGGAGAAACCAUCAAGGAAGCGGCUGUUAUUUGUCGAAACCAAUAAUGGCUGCGACCCAACCAGUCAGUUGUUUUCUUUGUAUGCUGGUCGACAUUAGAGGGUCAUCGAUAUUUCAGUCGUCGCUCUGAAGCCGUCAUUACCUCCGUUGCUCCUCUGGCCUUGCUGCCCUCCCACAAUGCAUUGCCAGCAGCCUUUGUGUGUGUCUCAGGGACCAGCAUAACAAAAUCCACCACUCCACCUAGUUCACACAGCGCAGCAAAACAGGAAGGUAGGAGCCUGUUGACCAUCUUUCUGCCUUGAAUACUCAUUUGUCCUAAUCUGGUUUGACUUGUUCCUUUCUUACUCCAACCAUGUCCGGUUCUGGCGACUUACCAGCCAUUGAGGGAUCCGGGAUGGGCGGGAUGAAGCUUCCUGUCGGGAUGACCCGACGUGCCCUCAGCUAUGACGACAACCUGGAAGCCCCAAUGUCCACACCCCCCCAUGACAUCAGCAUCAAUAACCUGUGGAAACGACCAAUUAUACCAGAGAGGAAGUUCACGCACCUGGCUGAGGAGGAUGAGAGCGGUGCGAGUCAGUCUACACUGCAGGACAUUGUACCCUCUAGACCACAAGCUGUGGUGAAAACCAAGGCUUCUUCCAUCAUUGUGAAUUCUCUCAUCAACAAGCAAACUCAGGAUAGCGUAUACAAGUUUGAGCAGACGGCAGGACUUUCUGACACCGGCUACACGCCCCACAAAGGCCUCACCGCUGAGGAGACGAGACACCACCAUCGCGUGCCUGAAUCAAUCCAGAAACUUCAGAUCCAGAGCAUGGAGGCCAGAGAAGAUCGGCAGAGCUCCUCUGCCCAGUCCACUCCAUCCAACACACCACACAGCUCCCCAAAACCUCACCGCAGAGGCUGGUUCGGCAGUACAAGUUCAGAGCUCAGUAUUGCCUCCUCCUCCAACAGCAGUUUGGACAUGGCUGGGAUAGACGUAGGAGGAGGUGUAGUGGAGCGGUGGGGAGCGUUCGGACCUCGACCGCCUGUUCAUAAGUCCACCUCUGACCUGGGAUCAGACUCCACAACUGCAGCAGGCUUUGCUCUACAGGCGUACCGUGGUGCUCAGAAGCCCACCCCCAUGGAGGUGAUGAAGACACAGGCCACGCGACUUGCUGACACCUCUUCCACUCAGAAGGUGUCUCCGCCCACAAUGGAGAUUCCCACAGUGGAGGGUCGCCGGCAGGGAGCCCGAACGCACAAGCUCAAACACAGAGACAUGAACAUCCUGACGCCCUCCGGCUUCUGAGAAGGCGCCCAACGAUUGUCCAAGCUGCCGGAUACUCAGGUCCCAUGAAAUGAUGACGUCCCCGUGCUUAGUGCAGGCCAUUCCAGUCACUUUUAAGUUCAGAUCUUUGCAGAUGUUACCCAUAUCUAGGUUAUUAAUACCUUCAGUUGGAGGGCAGGUCAGGUUACCCUUCCAAAUAUGAAUCGUACAGGUUUCGCACUGCCUCUAGUUAACCUCAUUUAUGUGGCAGAGAAGCUGAGCUGUAAGUUAAGCACCCAGACUGUCAACCAUCACAAUUAACAGUGUGACCUCCUGCAUCAGCUUUGACCUAUCGUAAUUACUCUAAUUAUGCACAAAGUCUUUUCAGUCAUUUAUUCCAAGCAUUUGGUUUUGCCUGAGAAUAAAAGUGGAUUAGCUAAUUUGACUGACCCGUUGGUUUACAGCCUGGAUUAUUAUCUCAGCCGACAGAAAAGAACUCGUAUUACUUUAAGGGCCAGAACCAAACGCAUAGAUAUAAUGAACUAGAAUUGUACUAAACUAACUACAGCAUAAUUAUACAUUUGAAUUUACAUGCCAAUUUUUUUUUUUCCAUGUAGUCCAAAAGCUUAAAUGUUUCUGUCUUGUGUCAUGCUGGUUAAUGACUUUUUCCGUUCCUGUGUGGAUUUUGGAGGUGAGCAGCUUUAUUUAAUCAGCCUUUAUGUUGCAGUCUGUUGCAUGUGAAUAUUUGUGAAAUAUCUAACGUACAACUUCAAAACUAUUUCAUGGGACCUUUAAGAGCAGCUCUAACCACUUCAGAUAACCACUGUGCUGUCCGCCAUCUUUCCCAUAGAAACAAACAUGGAUAUAAAUAAUAUACAUACAUGCAUAUAUACAUAUUCAGUGUUUCCUGGAUGUAAAAUCAAGCUCUCAGCAUUUCCAUUUACUGACAAAGUCAGCAUGAAUCACCCCACAAUGAAAUGGAGAACUACUGGUGGUGAAAACUAGCUUAAAGUGAAGACGAUUGUGAUGCAAGUUUAUAAAUAUUUCAUACUAACGCACUUUAUCCUCACUGUAACUUCUGGCUUGAUUAUCCACCCCAAACACUCGUGUUACUGAGCUGUCCAUGGUUAUGAUGCCUGUCACUAAAACAUUUUCUUUCUUUAAAGGACAUUUCACAAAACAGGUUGGGACUAAUAAAUCUACCAGUUCUGUGAGUGUAGUUCAGUAUCAGCCAAAACAAACAGAACAAACACGGUCCAAAUAUGUUGUUUUUGUAAGUUUUGUCUCAGGAAAAUCGUCAGGCACCCGCUCACUCAAACGUUCCAAUUAUUUCUUUUUCAGAAAAUGUUUUUGUUUUUGUUUUGUUGGGAUAUUUAUGUAGGUCGAAGAUUUUUCAUUUCCACUGUUGUAACAGAUUUGAUUGUUUUUGGGGAUCAGAAGAAACUUACUAACUUACUGAAAAUGGGAAAAAUUCCUGUUUGUGAUUAGUGCUUAUUAGCUUCCGUGUGCCCUCUGAGUCAAAGGAGAGAGGGUGUGUGGAUGGGCUCUUUUUUUGCUUUUGGCAGUUAAAAUUAAUUCAGUCGCCACAAUGCACAAAAAAUGUUCUGCACCCCUAAAAAGGAUGUGGCCUUAAUAUGAAAGAAAGUAAAUGUAAUUCAAGGUUUUAUUUUAAACACCUGUUAGUGGUCCUACAAUGCCAGCUUACUGAUAAUUACUGGAAUUAUAUGCAAAGAUUCUGCAGGAUGAUGCAUGCUAAGCUUAGAAAAGAGUGAAGCGCUGCGAUUUCACUGCUAAAUGAAAUAAAUGGCUAAUGUUUGUUUUGGAUUCUUGUUAUGACGUGAAAAUGGUCCAUUUGCUGGGAGUAGAUUCAGUGUUUCGUAACACAGCAGUGGAAGAUUUCAUGAAGUGAAAAGGUCCAAGUCCAUGUCAUCUGCCACCUGUAACUCCGCUGUGGUGUUUAGUCAGAUGUUUCCUUUUAAUCCUGUGUGAACAACCCGAAAGCUACAAAAGAAAAACACCCACACUGUUGUCAGCAGUGUAGAUAUUAAAUGACUGUUUUUGCUUAUAUUUUUGUUGGUUUUUGUUCACGAGUGCUUUGUGUUUAAAGUGUGACGCUGUUCUCUUUAAAUCUUCCUCACGACCGAACCUCCUCUGUAUGUGCGUGACUGUAGUCCUGACUGACUGAAUUAAAGUGUGUUUCUGUUAAUCUGUGCGACCAGUUAAUGGUUAAAAAUUUUCAUGGAUUUUUAGUCUCUGUACAGUUGUCUUUGAGAAUAAAUGUUACUCUCCCAUCAGCUAAA